AGCGCUGUUUCCCAAAGAAAGAAAGAAAGAAACCCUAGUUUUUCACGUCGUCUGUAUUAAAAAUGGAUCAUAAUAUGGAUUCUUCUUCUUCUAAUCCCAACUGGCUCGUCUUCUCUCUCUCUAACAACUCUCUCUUCCAACCCUCUUUCAAUAACUCUGACAGUGGCGGGGUUGCGGAUCAAGAAAAUGGUAGUGGCGGCGGCGGCGGCGGCGGUGCAAGUCAAGCCGCGGCGUCGGAGAUCGAUCAGCACCAUCUCACGGUCCUCGGCGGCGGAGGAGGGCCGAAGCUGGAGGAUUUCUUGGGUGGCUCCGGCGGGGGCCCUAUGGGCGGGGAUGGGGUGGUUACUCAGUUCGACAGUACUAUGUACGAUGAUUCGGAGCUCAAGACAAUAGCUGCUGGCUUCUUAACCGGAUUCUCCACCCCACAAAACGAUGACACACAGAUGCAGCUGCAGGUUGUUGCGCCGCCGCCUCCACGGCCGACGCCCACGGCGAAGAAGGCGUCGGAGAAUUUCGGCCAACGCACCUCCAUCUUUAGAGGAGUCACUAGACAUAGGUGGACGGGAAGAUAUGAAGCUCAUUUGUGGGACAACAGUUGCAGAAGAGAAGGGCAAAGUCGGAAAGGAAGGCAAGUUUAUUUGGGUGGAUACGAUAAAGAAGAGAAAGCAGCUAGAGCUUAUGAUCUUGCAGCCCUCAAGUACUGGGGCCCCACCACUACCACCAAUUUUCCGGUAUCAAACUAUGAAAUGGAAAUUGAGGAAAUGCAGCACAUGACUAGGCAGGAAUUUGUUGCUUCCCUUAGAAGAAAAAGUAGUGGGUUUUCUAGGGGAGCUUCGAUUUACAGAGGAGUGACAAGGCACCACCAGCACGGGAGGUGGCAAGCAAGGAUCGGAAGAGUUGCCGGGAACAAAGAUCUUUAUCUCGGCACCUUCAGCACUCAGGAAGAAGCAGCAGAGGCUUACGACAUUGCGGCAAUUAAAUUCCGUGGUCUAAAUGCAGUCACGAAUUUCGACAUGUGCCGAUACGAUGUUAGGAGCAUUGCUAGCAGCAAUUUGCCAAUCGGUGGUGGGACCAACAAACCGAAAACCUCUCCAGAAUUGUUACCGGAAAAUACGAGCAACCUCGCCAUAACUUCGUCGGAGGAUAAUCUCCGUCGGGAGGACAUGCUGUCAGCCACGUCAGCCCCACUACAACUAAACGCUGCGGCCAGUAUAAAUUUCGGCCUGCCAAUAAAGCAGGACCAGUCAUCAAGUUUGUGGGCUGCUUUAGGCUACCACCAAACCACUAACGCCAAAAACACUAGUGCCACUACUCUUUUCCAAGAACCACACCACCAUGGUACAACACUUACACUACAAGGUACAACACCCUACAGCAUGGAGUUCAAUUGCAACAACAACGAGGGUUUCUUCGACGGCACCGGUAGUUAUAACUAUCAGCAUUCGAUCAGCAACGGUACAACGACUCACGAUCAAGAUUCGAGCAACGGCACAAUACACGACCAAGAUUCGAGCAACGGCACAACGACAAACGAAGCGGAGGAGUUCGGGAAUAACGGGAAUUGGAAUGUGCUAACGCCAGCACCGGUUCAUUCGUUCCAGGCUGCGAAGGGCAAUCUGUCGUAUUUUCAGACACCGAUUUUUGGGAUAGAAUGAAAGCUGGAAAAAGUGGAUAGUAGACAACAAAAAAAAAGGGUGUAAUAGAAUUAGCUUAUAGUAGAGCAAGUGGAUUGGUCAAAAAGAGGAUUUUGCUUUUUUGCAUGGGAUUUAUUUAUUAUGAGAAUUUACAAAAAUAGGAUUUUGACAAUCAUUUCAAUAGGUCAGCAACUAUUAUGUGUACUAUAACUAAAUCUUUUUGUUUAUGAGGCUCUUAUGUAUA